UGGACUCUGCAUCCCUCCUGUGUCUGCACUCUCACCUGAGCACAAAUUUUGUGUCCUGAUCCGACACCCUGGAGUGAUUGUUGCCCCAUCUAUUGAUCCACAAUACACACUAUCACACAAUUUUUUGGUCCUUCGAGCCGGAUCCAAGCAACUGCUCCAGCCAAAGGAUGUUCCGGCCGGAUUAGAGAGACCCAGAGCGACCUGCUCCAGCUAUCCUGUACGAGCUUCAUCACCUGUCAUGCCACGGCCCAGACGCCACGAGGAUGAGACAUCAUACAAACCAAAGCCCAGUAAUUGAUCCAUCACAGUGCCAAGAUGAACAGGUGCAAUCAACCAAACGCGGGGACCCCAGUGAGCUGAAAGCAAUCUUCCAGAGGUAUGCCAGUGUAGCGGACAAGGAUGGAGAGAGGUUCAUGACCCCGGGGGACUUUGUCCAGAGGUAUCUAGGACUUCACACACAGAUCCACCACAACCCCAAAACUGUACAGCUCAUCGCUGCUGUGGCUGACACCACAAAGGAUGGGCUGAUCUCGUUCCAGGAGUUUCUUGCGUUUGAGUCGGUGUUGUGUGCGCCUGACGCCCUCUUCAUUGUAGCCUACCAGCUGUUUGACAAGAAUGGAACUGGAACUGUUUCUUUCGAAAAUGUACGGGACAUUUUCAGCCAGACCACUGUGCACCACCACAUUCCCUUCAACUGGGAGGGAGAGUUCAUCCGCCUGCACUUUGGGCACGACGGCAAGAAAUGCCUCAGCUACCUCGAGUUCACCCAGUUCCUGCAGGAGCUUCAGUUGGAGCAUGCACGCCAGGCAUUCGCCCAGAAGGACAAAGGGAAGAAUGGCGUCAUCUCCGCCAUGGACUUCAGUGACAUUAUGGCCACCAUAAGACACCACGUGCUCACACCUUUUGUGGAGGAGAACCUCGUCUCGGCUGCAGGUGGCAGCACCUCUCACAUGGUCAGCUUCUCUUACUUCAACGCCUUCAACUCCCUCCUGAACAACAUGGAGCUGAUCCGUAAGAUCUACAGCACACUGGCAGGCACGCGGAAGGACACGCUCGUGACCAAAGAAGAGUUUGUUCAUGCCGCCAACAAGUUUGGUCAAAUCACUCCGAUGGAAAUUGACAUCCUGUACCAGUUAUCAGGCCUGCACUCCCCCUCUGGACGCCUGAACCUUGCUGACAUUGAGAGGAUAGCUCCAUUAGAGGAAGGAUGUCUGCCUCACCACCUGGUUGAAAGUCAGAAACAGAACCGUGGUGACGGUUCCAGGCCUGUGUGGCUCCAAGUCGCAGAAUCGGCCUACAGGUUCACUCUUGGCUCCAUCGCCGGAGCCACGGGAGCGACGGCAGUGUACCCCAUUGACCUGGUGAAGACUCGUAUGCAGAACCAGAGGUCCACGGGGUCAUUCGUCGGGGAGCUGAUGUACAAGAACAGCUUUGACUGCGCUAAGAAGGUGCUUCGCUACGAGGGUUUCUUUGGCUUCUACAGAGGUCUGGUCCCUCAGCUUAUAGGCGUGGCACCUGAGAAGGCUAUCAAACUCACGGUGAACGACUUUGUAAGAGACAAGUUCACCGGAAAAGACAACACAAUUCCUUUCCUUGCUGAGAUUAUGGCGGGUGGCUGUGCUGGAGGAUCUCAGGUGAUCUUCACCAACCCUCUGGAGAUUGUGAAGAUUCGCCUGCAGGUGGCAGGUGAGAUCACCACGGGACCUCGGGUCAGCGCACUCAGCGUGGUCCGUGACCUCGGCUUCUUCGGCCUCUACAAGGGUGCUAAAGCGUGUUUCCUGAGAGACAUCCCAUUCUCCGCCAUCUACUUCCCUGCGUACGCUCACCUCAAGACGCAGUUUGCCGACGAGCAGGGCAGGCUGGGAGCUCUGCAGCUCCUCACGGCUGGAGCGAUUGCAGGUAUCCCCGCGGCCUCCCUUGUGACGCCCGCUGAUGUCGUCAAGACCCGUCUGCAAGUAGCGGCAAGGGCAGGACAGACCACCUACACAGGAGUCAUCAACUGCUUCAGAACAAUAAUGAGGGAGGAGGGAUUCAAGGCUUUGUGGAAGGGAGCUGGAGCUCGUAUGUGCCGGUCCUCUCCUCAGUUUGGUGUGACUCUGGUGACGUAUGAGCUCCUGCAGCAGUGGUUCUACGUCGACUUUGGAGGACAUCGUCCGGCAGGAUCCGAGCCCACACCCAAGUCUCGCAUCGCAGAGCUUCCUCCCAUCAACGCAGAGCAUGUCGGAGGCUACCGCCUGGCUGCAGCCACCUUUGCCGGGGUGGAGAACAAAUUUGGGCUCCACCUCCCGAAAUUCAAGUCGUCUGGCGUGGUCUCCAUACAUCUCCCUGAGCCGGUCGCUGCCACGCCAGCUCAGGCCCCAUAGAGGCCACACGGCAUCUCCACAUCACUUUGCCAUCUCUCUCUCCUCUUACCAGGAGCCAGAAACUUAGAUACACAAACAAAACAAACAACAGUUAAUACGCACACACUCCAAAAAUAGGGGCCAUUAUCUUUAGGAACAAACAACAGCAGCAGCCCGUUAAUCUCUCCAGGGUGAAGGCGUGCUCCACUGGUCCCCAGCCAGUCGUAGAGGUGGACAACGAAGGGACCAGAGCGCUGACUGUGUUGUAUCUCGAGUGCCUGCACGCUCCUGGCAUCUUCAUACUUUGUUCUUCUCUCCAGCAUUUGUAUAAGAUUGACUGUUGGGCACUCCUCUUUUCUUUCUUUCUUUCUCUCUCUCUCUCUCACACAUGAGUAGCUGAUAUGAUUUAUGUUUGUUUUCCGUCUCAUACUCAGAUGGGGUAGGACUUCUCAUAUUGGACAGCAGGCAUAGUGAAUAUUAAGAUUGGUCAGCACGGUGCUUGGGCUGCACUUUGGUUAGGUCCUCACACAGGAGGUUACGUACUGUACAUAUUGUAUUACUGCAGUGAAGAAAAUGUUGAGACAAAAUUCCGGAACAUUGGCAAUGUGGGGCCUUUGGUCCUGGUCUCUGAGAAUCACACUUACUGAUGUACAAAACUUUUGAACUCAGUGUUUUCUUGACGAAACAAGAAUCAUGAGCAGAGAAUUUGGGAUUAAUAAAUGAAAUGUAUCGCAAUUCAGUCAAUGUAUUUUAUUGAAAUAAAUCAUCCAUAUGGGUUUAAUUUUA